GGGCGCUUCCGGGGACGUGUCUGAGGGCGAUGGCGGCCGGGGCGGGCGCGGCGGCGCCGGGGGAGGCGGACGAGCUCUUCGAUCUCCGCAACAACUUCUACAUCGGCGCCUACCAGGCCGCCAUCAACGAGGCACAGCGGGCCAAGCCGUCCAGCCCGCAGAAGGAGCUGGAGCGAGACGUGUUCCUGUUCCGAGCCUACAUCGCCCAGAGGAAGUUUGGAGUGGUCCUGGAUGAGAUCAAGGCCAACGCCAGCCCCGAGCUGCAGGCAGUGAGGAUGUUCGCAGAAUUCCUGGCCAAGGAGAGCCAGAGGGACUCCAUCGUGGCAGAGCUGGACAAGAAGAUGUCCAAGAGCGUGGACGUGGCCAACUCCACCUUCCUGCUGAUGGCAGCUUCCAUCUAUUUCCACGACCAGAACCCCGACGCUGCCCUGAGGGCCCUGCACCAGGGGGAGAGCCUGGAAUGCUUGGCCAUGAUGAUCCAGAUCCUGCUGAAGCUCGACAGGAUCGACCUGGCCAGGAAGGAGCUGAAGAAAAUGCAGGAGCAGGACGAGGACGCGACGCUGACCCAGCUGGCCACAGCCUGGGUGAACCUGGCCUUGGGCGGGGAGAAGCUGCAGGAUGCAUUUUACACCUUCCAGGAGCUGGCCGAGCGCUGCUGCCCCUCGCUGCUGCUGCUCAAUGGCCAGGCCGCCUGCGCCAUGGGCCAGGGCCGCUGGGACGAGGCCGAGGGGCUGCUGCAGGAGGCUCUGGACAAG